UGCUGCCUGCUCAGAACAAGCAUUCAACGAGACUUGGGAUUUUCAUAAAGCAUAGCAAAUUCAAAGCUCCGUUGUUCAGUCAAUCGCUUAUUGAUUGUCAGUCGCUGGUUUGCCAUCAGCUGCCUUCUCUCUUUGCCCUAUUUUCGCGAUCAUGGAGAAGGCUCGUCUUAGGCAGCAGGUUAUCGCCGACCACUUGAGUCCUGGUCCGGUUUUCCAGCGAGCUGAUCUGGUUGCGUCGCCGUGCCUGGCUGGUGACAGCGCAUCGUACGCUCGCACGGCUGGCUAUGAUGACGAUGUCGUUAUUGUCAGUGCGCGUCGCUCGGCCCUUACUAAGGCCAGGCGUGGCGGCUUCAAGGACACCCUUCCGGAUGACAUCCUGGCGCCGGUGCUCAGGGCUGUUGUCGAAGAGGCUGGAGUGAGGCCAGAGGAAGUUGGCGAUAUCAUUGUGGGAACGGUUCUUGCUCCUGGCAGCCAAAGAGCGAGCGAAUGCCGGAUGGCUGCUCUUUUCGCUGGCUUUCCUGAUACCGUGCCGGUAAGGACGGUGAACAGGCAGUGCUCGUCUGGUCUUCAAGCGGUUGCCGACGUGGCUGCGUCUAUCAAGGCUGGAUACUACAAAAUCGGCAUUGGUGCUGGGCUGGAAUCUAUGACGGUAAAUCCCAUGGCCUGGGAAGGAAGCGUCAACCCCAAGGUUGAGAUGAACCAAAAGGCUCAGGACUGCCUUCUGCCCAUGGGGAUCACAUCAGAGAAUGUGGCUGAGCGAUUUGGAGUCAAUCGGCAGGAGCAAGACGAUGUUGCUGUGAAGUCUCACAGGAAGGCUGCAGCAGCUACAGCGUCUGGAAGGUUCCGUGAUGAGAUUGUCCCCAUCAGCACCAAGAUCGUUGAUCCCAAGACUGGAGAUGAGAAGCCAAUCGUUGUCAGCGUUGAUGAUGGCAUUCGUCCCGGGGCUACUGCAGCUGACCUCGCUAAGCUCAAGCCAGCCUUCAAGAAGGGUGGUACCACUACAGCUGGGAAUUCCAGCCAAGUGAGCGACGGUGCCGGAGCUGUGCUGCUGAUGACCCGUGGAGAGGCACUCCGACGAGGAAUUCCCAUUCUUGGAGUUUUCAGGAGCUUCUCUGUCGUUGGAGUUGAUCCUGCUAUUAUGGGAGUCGGACCUGCUGUCGCCAUCCCUGCUGCUGUCAGUGCAGCCGGGGUGGAGCUUGAUGACAUCGACCUGUUUGAGAUCAACGAGGCGUUUGCUUCCCAGUUCACCUACUGCGCUCGCAAGCUUGAGCUGGAUGAGGAGAAGAUUAACGUGAACGGAGGAGCGCUUGCUCUUGGCCAUCCCCUUGGAGCUACAGGGGCACGGUGUGUCGCAACACUCCUGCAUGAGAUGAAGCGACGGGGAGUUGAUUGUCGGUUUGGCGUCGUCUCAAUGUGCAUUGGAACUGGCAUGGGUGCAGCUGCUGUCUUUGAGCGCGGUGAUUAUGUGUGCCCGCUUACCAAUGCCAAGCAAGCCUGAACUUGAUGGGCUGUCUACUGAGAAGUGGCUGUAUAGCUUUGUGGAGGUAUUGAUGUGAGUGGAUGUACAUCUUGAUGCGGACAUGAGACCUGCGGCCAUUGACUUACAGUUGAUUGAUUGUUUUUGGUGCAAAUUCACCCAGAUUUACCAUGACG